AUGUCCACUAUGGAUUGCGGUGUUACUAAAAGGCCUAACAAUGCAUGUUUCCCGGCCCCGAUUCAAACUCACAUUAAGAACCAAGACUCAUACUCAUCCGCGCCGAGCCACGAUGCCAUGGCAAUUCCUGACCCCAUUCCCUCGCCACGCCGAUGGUCUCCCACAUAUCAGCCCCGAAGGAGGAGCAGACAAUAUCCGACAUUGUCAUUCGUGCCGUCACCCACAUUACCUCGUUCGGAGGUUCAUGAUUCUUCUACAAACUCUCUCUGCCGGCGGCCCGCGAGCAGAGGGCCUCCCAUCAUCUCACCUUUUCGCUCUGUACGCAGAAUGAAGGAACCCUUCCAGCUGAUGCUCCCAUCGUCGCCGGCGUCAUGCGACAGUGCACCAACAUUCCGCCCGAAAUCAACCAGAGAAUCUAAAAUACCAGGUGUUCGUACACUACGGACAUGGCGCUCUGAUCAAAAUUUGGGUUCUGCUAGCAUGUCAGCUUUUGGUCUUUUGCCCAGUCCCCCAAUAUCAGAAUCUAGGGCUGUAAGUGCGGGGGCUAAUACAUCAUAUUUUGAGUGCAAAGAUGAACCAAAAGAGGCGGACAUUAUCAAUGAGGACUUACAGAAAGAGCCAAGCUUGCCCGAACUGGAGGAGCCGGUUGAGCUGAGCGGAGGAUUGGAGGACAGCGACACAGAAAGGAUUAACUACAAAGCCUACCGCCCGCCUGACUGGAUCGAAGAACGCCACGAACAACCCCAAGAACAAAGGUGGACGGAGGUUACUAGUGUCCACGAAGCACAUUCGAAUCUCAUCCGGCAGUGCGAAGGCAAUGAGUUAAGAAACACCGCCAAGAGCCAUGAUGGCCUUUCAAGUCCUAUUACAUCACCUCCAGGGCCCACCUACUGUCAUGUUCCAGGCAGCUCGCCGAGACCUCAACGGCCGAGGACCGCCACCGUCUCAAGUGAAGCUAGUUGGAUACCCAGUAAUCUGGCGUAUUGCGAGACAUGGCUGAAAGGCGUUCCCUUUGAUCCGCUUUCUGGAAAAGAUGAAAACAUCAGAGAAUCCAACCGUCGAAAGGUCCAGAUUGUUGAACAGGAUCCACCACUUCCAAUGCCGAAGAUAGAUUUCAUCCCGGGGAUGAAGUCUCUCGACGAACCCUUGAGAUUUGCUGUUGCAAGCAAGCCCAAAAAUAAACCAAGAUUGGUUGAUAUUGCUCGGCAGUCCUCCCCGAUGCCACCUCCACCAUCAUUAAUACCACACCCUCUUCCAAUGACGCCAGAUCAGCGGCAAGAGGAAGUAUCUGCAUUCAGUCCAGAUACACCACUUGAAACUCCGCUGGACAUGUCGGAUAGUGGCUAUGGCACGCGGGAGUCUGGUUACUCUCUGAGCACCUAUGAGGACGGUAAAGAUGACGAUGUAUACACUGACCCAGGGUCAUUGACCUCCGACAGUGUUACAUCUACUGUGAUUGGCGAUCGACCUGGCACCGCGCAGGGAGAGCGCGACACUUUCACUCAGCCAGAAAUUCGGUCUGGAAGUGUAAGCCCAGAGGCAACACCACAGACUGAACAUUCUCCAAGCCGGAGGUCUACAAAAUCUAUUCAAGAAGAAUCAGAUGAAGCAACACCGUGGGAUGACGCUGACCAUGAGUGGACCCUGGAUGAUCAUCAAUGGACCCUCGACGAACUUGAACAUUCUGUGAAGGACUUUCCUCGUCACAUGCUUCGACUCACAUCACCUGCAAUCCUGCAUGUAAGGAAAAGCGACGACAAGAAUUUCCUCCGCCCGUUUCGAACAAUAUUUCCUGAAGUCACAGAGAACUUGCUAGAUUGUCUCUGUGCAGCGCUCAUUGCCCGCAACUACCUCCUUUCCUUAUCUACUAUUCACCGCCACAAACCUUCCUUACUGGCGCGAAACGACACAUAUGGCAUCGAUGCCAUCCCCACAAAAGCAUACAGCACACUGGGCAUCCAGCUCCCAUCUGGGUCCCCCGGCCGCACCAAGGACCGAGUCCUUGGGUCCCGCAGUUCAGAACUGCGCCGGCAGGUCGAGGGAAUUAUCGACAAUCUACUAUUCGCCAUCUGUGGUCGAUCAGAUGAAGUGCUUAAAUCUGCGAUUGAAGUUCUCGCCCAGGUCCUGGAAGUCAAUGCCCCCUAA